AAAGUAGACCUGCCAGUACCCCUUUGGGAGGUCUAAGUUGGACGAUCAGUUCAUUCAAAUUUCUCCAGAGGUUCUUGUUUUUUCUGCCGUAAGGAUGGCAGAGCGGUGCUUUGGGACCCAGUGAAUCAGGAGCUGUAAUGUGUAGUAGAAGAUCAGUAAUAGCUAGUUGGCGAGGUGAGAGAGGGGUUUUCUCCCUCUGACUUCUUCUCACAGUCUGAGGAACGAUGCCCGGAGGAGCAUGUGCACCAAGAAAGCGCAUCUUUGGAGUUUGGUAGUUCUCUCUGUCUUUCAUAUGGGACUCGGGGUGUCCUGCAUCUCUCUGGGUGUGCUGGGGAUCACACAAGCCCUGUGGCCGCAGAAGAGCCAAACCUCCUUUUCUACACCUGUAUGGAGCGGCGCGUGUUUUCUUGUCUGUGGACUAUGCGGGAUACUGUGUGCGAAAAGGAGAACUGGACCCACUAUGAUCCUGUUUUCAGCCUGCUGCAUCUGUGGACUUAUUGGGGGAAUUCUCAACGUCCAGUUUGUGCGUGCGAUGGUGAAGCGGGCGAACAGCCUGUACUCUCUGCACCUGGCCUUCCUCUGCCUGGCCAGCCUGGGCGUCUUGAGCUGCACUCUCUCCACCUGGCUCACCUGCAGACUCGCCAGCAGUGAACAGAAAAGGCUGUUUCUGGAAAGGGAUCUGUCCCUGCAUCAUUCCGUGGAGAUAGGCGAGAAGGAAGUUCCAGUGAAGGAUGCUACGCACAACAGGAGCCUCUCACUACCAUAAACCUUGCAACCUUCGGAUCUGCAUCCAGGUUUUCUCAGAAAGACUUGCCCUGUUCCAAUCGCCAGGCUGUGUUCAAAGCACAUGGAAAAAAAAAUCACUAAUCAAGGAUUUGGUACUCUGGCUACUGAAUGCCAAAAAGCGAAAAAUAUUGCAGGCACAAAAAUAAAACCCAAUGCUGUUAGCCUGUUACUUAAUAACUAACAUGCAAGCAUUCAGGUCAAUGACCCAGUGAAUGGCUGCUAAAUGGAAUAUACAAUACAACAGCGACAUCUGCUGGUGAAACGUGUGUCAGCACCCGAGUGGAGCACGAAGUGCCUAACAGCAGAAGAAAGCAAUGAGGGAUUACAGAAGAUCUACACGUAUUUUCAGACAGUGUUCGAAUUACAUAAUGACUUUCAGGGCAGAAGACUUUUUAAGGGAACAUAUUUAACAUCUGCCUAAUCGCAACGGAAAGCCCUCGAGCGUACUGUUGUUAUGUCGACUGUCGUCUUCGACUUUAUCGAACUUUUUUUAAUUACCGACACGUUUGAAAACUCUGUUGAAACCUAUAAAAUGAAUAUGUGCUUUUACCUUAUAUUUUUGAUCCCUUUCUCUUCCUGCCAAGACCAUCAAGAAAUUGACCUUUAGUUGACUUUAUAGCCUAGCUACUGUGUUUUUGUUUAGCUUCAGUUUUAUGGACUCAUAAAUCAAAAUAGGCCUAAGUGAAUCGAAGCAUAAGACUGUAGGCCUACUAAUUACCAAAUAUCU